CCAAAAACCUUCCCAUGUGUGACCCCUUUGAUUUCACCUGCCUCUCUCUCUUCGUAUUUUUUCUUCCUUGCUCCCCGAUAUUCUCAGCCGAUAUCUCGCCCGGAAGGUAACAGUCCACACUCUGAACGCCGGUGUUUCGGAGUUUUAAGAGGUGAAAUACUACGUAACAUAGAAGAAUUAGUCCACCUUACUUAUCACUGAUGCCGAUGGCGGCUGGGCCAGCAUCGCCGACGGAUCGAGCUGUCCCCCCGGUGAUGCCUGCUGUGGUUCCCGUACAAACGCCUCCAAUGUUGAUGGCGGACGCUUACGCCAAAGACGCCAUUCUCGGCUGGUUUCGCGGGGAAUUCGCUGCUGCCAACGCCAUAAUUGAUGCGCUGUGCAGUCACCUGGCGCAGGUCAGCGGAAGCGGAGGAGCAGGAUCGGAAUAUGAUUCGGUUUUCGCUGCCAUACAUCGGAGGAGGCUGAACUGGAUCCCAGUGCUCCAGAUGCAGAAAUAUCAUUCGAUUGCUGACGUGGCGGUGGAACUAAGGCGAGUGACUGAGAGGAAAUUGAAUGAAAAGAAAUGUGAAAUUGAGAAGAAGAAUGAGGUAAUGUUGAAGGAGGUGUAUUUGGAUGAGAAAGAGAAAGUUGAUGAGAAAGUGAGGGAAAGUCUGGAAAGUGGUAUUGAUGACGGUGACGACGGCGGCGAGGUUGUUGAAGAGGAGGAUUCGCCUGAAAGUGAUAUAACUGAUUCAGGGUCUCAAGAAGUGCAGCCUAUAAUUGAGAGCAUUGACAUAUGUUCAAACCAUGAAGAUUGCAAUGCACGUCCUGAUCAAAUAAAGUUGACAAAAGGUUUCACUGCCAAAGAACAAGUGAAAGGGCACAUGGUGAAUGUUGUGAAAGGUUUAAAGUUAUAUGAGGACUUAUUCACUGAUUCUGAGCUCUCUAAGUUGACUGACUUCGUUACUGAACUACGAGUUGCUGGUCAGAAUGGGGAACUUGCAGGCGACAGUUAUAUUUUAUUCAACAAGCAGAUGAAGGGAAACAAGAGAGAGCUCAUUCAGCUUGGCGUUCCAAUUUUUGGACAUAUAAAAGAGGAAGCUAUAAGUAACAACCAAACAAGUGAUUUAGAAUCAAUUCCAGCUCUUCUCGAAAGUGUCAUUGACCACCUGGUUCAGUGGCAACUAAUACCAGAAUAUAAAAAACCAAAUGGUUGCAUCAUUCAUUUCUUUGAUAAGGAGGAAUAUUCACAGCCUUUUCAGAAGCCACCUCAUUUGGAUCAACCAAUCUCUACUCUUGUUCUAUCAGAGUCAACAAUGGCUUUUGGACGUACUCUUGUGAGUGACAAUGAUGGGAAUUAUAGAGGUCCACUUAUGCUUUCACUGAAAGAAGGGUCUCUUUUGGUGAUGAGGGGAAACAGUUCUGACAUGGCAAGACAUGUCAUGUGCUCAUCUCCAAAAGAUAGGGUCAGCAUCACAUUCUUCAGAGUGCGCCCAGACAGCAACCAAGGCCAGUCACCACCAACUAGUCCAAUGGCAGGUGCCAUGACCCUAUGGCAACCCAGCAUACCAAGCCCAUAUGCAAUGCCUAAUGGAGCUGUUGGAGGGUAUGAUGCAAUGGAUAUGAUGUCUAAAUGGGGAGUCCUGCGUACUCCAGUGGUCAUGCUUGCUCCAAUGCGGCCAAUGGUGUUGAGUCCAAAAAGGAUGUCUCGUGGUGGUACUGGGGUUUUCUUGCCCUGGACUGUAGGAUCAAGAAAGCCUGCAAAGCAUCUUCCACCCCGCGCGCAGAAAAGGCGCCUUCUCACAUUGCCUUCCAUUGAAACACAUGUAACAGAUUCUGCUUCUGAAACGUGUGUCGGUGUUGAAGGAAAAUCUGCAUGAUGUUAAAUUGAGGCAGCCCCAUGGCCGAAGAAAUACAAGUCAACGAUAGGUCUCUAUUAUGCACUUCUUGCUCUGAAGGAUUCUUACUUGUACAAAUGGGGCCUGAAUGCUGCGGAACGAGUUUGUUCUUUCAAUUUAUUUACUCCGUUUUUUUUUUCUCUGUAAAUUAGGUUCUAGCGUUGGUCACUACACGUUUCUUUGAUGCCAAUCGUGUAGGGCUUUAGGGGUAGUUGAGCCUUAAGUCUGCAGAGUGUGAAUUAGUUCUCGUAAGGGAAGAUUUUGUAUUAACGAGUUAUUUAUAUUUUUAUCUUUUUGGUAGACAUAUAAUUUGCUCUC